UUGAGUCUAAACGCGUGUAGUGCGACGUCAUGGUCUCGCGAUAUGAGACUUGUGACGUCCGGAUUAGCCGUCCGGAAAGAGUGAAGGAGCUUGGCGUUAAAGGCGCUGCGGGACUUUUAAACAGCGAUUCGGGAUUGCGGGCUCUGAAAACUGUGACAGAUCAUGUCUCAACCAACCAAACAUUUACAUGGUAUUUUGCACCCUGUAACAAAAACACAAGGAGGAAAUUUUCUCGUGGCUGUAAAACAAGAAAAAAUAGAUGUCCAAAGAGCUGGCGAUAAGAACACUGGGGGUGAGGAAGAGCCUGUAAAGAAACGGGGAUGGCCAAAAGGAAAGAAAAGAAAAAAGAUUCUGCCUAAUGGCCCCAAAGCUCCAGUCACUGGUUAUGUUCGUUUUUUGAAUGAACGAAGAGAGCAGAUAAGAGCACAGCAUCCAGAUCUUCCUUUCCCUGAGAUUACAAAAAUGCUUGGAGCCGAGUGGAGCACUCUGCCACCGCAUGAGAAGCAGAGAUACUUAGAUGAGGCUGAGAGGGAUAAGCAGCAGUAUAUGAAAGAGCUUCGAGAAUACCAGCAGUCAGAGGCGUACAAGAUGUGUGCAGAAAAGAUCCAAGAGAAAAAAAUUAAAAAAGAAGAGACCAGCGUAGCAGCUGCCAGUACCUUGUUAAAUGGACACACACACAAAACUGGUGAUUCCCAGAGUGAUGGAUUUUCAUCUUUUGAUGUGACUAUAUUUACAGAAGAGUUUUUGGAUCAGAACAAAGUCCGUGAAGCAGAGCUUAGAAGACUGCGCAAGAUGAAUAUGGAGUUUGAGGAACAGAAUUCUAUCUUACAGAGACACACAGAGAGUAUGAAUUGUGCCAAGGAGAGGCUGGAACAGGAACUUGCACAAGAGGAAAGGCAAACAAUAGUUCUCCAGCAGCAGCUUCAAACUAUCCGCCAGAUUCUAUUGUCUAGCUUUUCUUCCUUACCGAUCCCAGGUACAGGGGAGACACCAACAUUAGGAAAUCUUGAUGUGUACAUGGCUAAACUUCACAAUCUGAUAGAGGGUAACCCAACUCAACAUGAAAAACUAGUUAUGAAGAUAAAAGAAGUUUUGUCCCGGAUAAACAGAACAUUCUUCCAGCAUGCUUCUGGUUUGUCCACAUGAUCUUUAGCAAACUGAAGACGGUCAGCAAUAUUUUUGGGUGAUCACCUAUGAUAUGGAAAGUGGCAGAAGCAGAGAACGUGAGAACCUCUAUCAGCUCCUCGAGAUUUUCUAAAAGCAGAACAGGAAGGGGUCUGCUAUUUGUGUGUAAUGGGUAAGAUUGACUAGGAUAUAGGAAAUAAAUAAAAAAAAAUGUGAAAGAACAUGAGUACAGCAGAAUCAGUAGCGGACUUUGUUAUGCUCAAUUCAGAUUUUUGUUUUGUUAAGGAAUUCACUUGUACAAUUCCUUGGUUUUUAUACCAAAAAAAAAUAUCAAAAUGAAUGCCCUGACACACAAACUCUGCUUGUCUAACCACACAUUAAACAUUACAACUUAAUCUGUAGCUCCAAAUUUCCACUUAUUGUAAAGCUUUUAAAAUGCAUAAACUUUGAGAAGUUCAAAUAUAUACCUGUUUUAAAAUCCUCUUGCUAAAGCUCAUAGACUUUAAAAGAAGAUCUUAAAAAGAAAUGUUAUAAAAAAAAAAAACAACUUACAUUGUAUUAAAAAAAAUAUAUAUAUAUUAAUCAGAAUAAAAGAGAGAAAACAUCUUACAUUAUACAGUCACAGAAGACAAAAUAUACACUACUAUGUUUAAAGCAAUUUUCUAGCAAACUUGAUUUUUUGGGAAUCAAAUGUGACCAUAAAAGCAGAAUGCGCAAUUUGUAAUAAUGUCCACUUUAUGCAGGGUACUUAUAAAAUUGACAUAAUGUACAUAAUAAGUAAUACCUGCACAAAUAUUUGUUUGUUGGCUGUUUAAAACAGUUUUCAUACUAGUUGAUAACUAAGCCAUAAUGUUAUAGUAAUAAGAAAUCAGAACUGCACUUUUCCUUUCUUUUUUUCAGGAUAAUUAUUUUAUUGAAAUAGAUUAAUGGCCACUUUUUAAAGUGAAUUCCAAUUUGAAACUUCUUUGAAAAAAUUGUAUAUUUAUAUAUAAAAAAAAGUAACAUAGAUCUUGUAGAAAUGUUUUGUGUCUUAAAUAUAAAUAAAUGGUCUAAAAUGAAAAUACACUACAAAUAACUGGAAUGUACUUUAAUUACUAAUGGCCAAGUGUCAAUGAACGCUCUUAACUCAUUGAUUAAUUAUGCUCAAUUGUGUCUCUACAUGUACUAUAUCUCACCUAUCCUGAAAGCAGAUCAUGCAGAGUAGUGAUAAGAGUCAUUUGUUGAACACGUACAAUGACACACACAUUAGGCCAGGCUAGUUUUGAUAAAACAUUGCAAAAUAUUUCACUGAUUUGUCUGGAUUAUGUGUGUUGUACUGCCUUACAAUAGUUUGUGCAUAAAAUAAAUGUUUGUUCUGGUUUAAACAAU